AUGAAGAAAUUGAAUUUGGAUUUGAAGGCUGCGGGUGAAAAACGUCUCCUACAACUUAAUGAGCCGGAUGAGCUCAGAAUGGAAGCCUACGAGAAUUCAAGAAUCUACAAAGAGCUUAAGCUGUUUCUAGGAAAACUGCAAUCGAGGUGGUCUGGUCCGUAUACUAUUAUACAGGUUUUUCCACAUGGGGCAGUUGAAAUCACUCACGAUAGCAAGGGAACAUUCAAGAUCAAUGGACAGCGUCUGAAGCACUAUUGGGGCGGUGAUUUUUCAAAGGAAAAGUCUACCGUUCAUCUUCGACCAUCAGAAUGA